AUGAAGUUCUCACUACCCGCCAUCGCCGUCGCACUCGGCGCUAUCACCGCCUAUGCAUCCCCCGUGGAGCUCGUCGAGAGGGCGACACCAACUGUCUACCUCUGCGGUGACAGCACCAUGGCCAAGAACGGCGCCAACGACGGCGCGACCGACGGCUGGGGCCAGUACUUUGGCACCUACUCCACCGCCACCGUCGUCAACAAGGCCAUCGGCGGCCGGUCUGCCCGUUCCUACACGGUCGAGGGCCGCUUCACCGAGGUGGCCAACCUCGUCAAGUCGGGCGACAUCGUGGUGAUCGAGUUCGGCCACAACGACGGCGGCAGCCCCGAGACCAACGACAACGGGCGCAGCGACUGCCCCGGGACAGGCACGGAGACGUGCAAGUCCAGCAAGGACGGCUCGACCGUCUACACCUUCGUCUACUACGUCAGCCAGGCGGCCAAGCAGAUGGUGGCCAAGGGCGCGACCGUGGUGCUGAGCUCGCAGACGCCCAACAACGUGUGGGAGUCCGGCAGCUACUCGUACGCGCCACCCCGCUUUGUCGGCUACGUCAAGACGGCCGCCAACGCCAUCGCCAGCAGCAGCGUCACCUACGUCGACCACUACAACGCCCAGAGCCUCGCCUACAAGAAGCUCGGCAACAGCGGCACAAACGCCCUCUACCCCAACGACCACACCCACACCAGCCCCGCCGGCGCGAAGCUCGCCGCCCAGGCCUUUGCCCAGGCUAUUGCGACUAAGAUGAACGGCACCACCAGCCUGACCAACUACAUUGUCAGCCCGGCGCCAAGCGUCUACUAG